AUGGGCAGUGGUGCUAGCAAGGCACCCGAGAAGAAGAGUGCCAGAGUCAAGGAAUCCGUGGAUGAAGCCGACGCCAAGCGAGUAGAAGGGGCCAAGCGAGGGCACCGGUCAGAUGAAGACUGGUUCUUUGACAAGCUGAAUAGCUUGGCCGCCGAAGGGGAUGCCAAUGAAGUGAAAGAGUUGAUUGACAAGUGGCCAAAGUGCGUCGGCAAGCCGGGUGCCAGAGAAGCAACCGUGACGGCGGCGUUGGCGGGCAAUGCAGAAACUCUAGAGACACUCCUGUCUCUGGGCGUUCGGCCUUACAUUGGCAGAGAUGAUCCAGAGGUGAAUCCACUGAUGGCAGCAAUCAAGAUGCGGCACUGGAACUGCAUUGUUUUGCUUGUUGAAAGGGCAUUGAAGUACGACUUUUCGACAGGCUUGCUGCAGGAUGGCAUGCAGGAGUUCGUCCUUUCCGGCGACACCGACAUGAUCGAUACAUUGGUUACCAACUACAAAAUUCCAGGUAAUUCCAAGCUCUUGACCACCGCCUUGCUGAAGGUGAAGGACCCUGAGAAGGCGGCAGCGAUGUUUGAGAGAUUGGCGGAAGGCACUAAGAGCUUUAACACCGUGUCAACUGUUGCAGAAGAAGAGGGAAGCCUUGGCGGGGAGUUCGCCCCUAUCCAUGCCGCAUGCGUGGCGAAAAAGGAUUCGCUGCACAGGUUCAUCCCGCUUCUCAUAGACAAGGGGGCCGACCUGUCACUGUGGGGCAAGAUGCUGAGUUUAAAAACGUCCUAUGCCAAGCGCCUGCCGUUGCACUAUGCGGCCGAGAACAAGAGCAUGAAGACCGAGACUGUCGUAAUGGUUGCAAAGGCAUAUCCGCAAGCGCUGUUUGAGCCUGUGAACAAUGUUCCAGGCCGGGCCUUGCCGUGCCAAUGCUCCAAGCACAACCCGGAAACCCAGAAGGCAUUGGAGAAGUUCAUGUAUGAACACAUCUGUGAAGCCUGUGACGGUAUGAAGCCCGAGAAUAUGGCGGACCUCUUCCGCUUGAUGAGACUCGCCAUUGAGUUCGAAGGCGUCCGCACAAUUCCGACGGAAGAGCUUCCAAGGGGGAAGGCGACGGCUCUGGUUUCUCCACUAGUCAGGGAAGGCCUGCAUGGAUCGGAGGCACGCCACUUUGUAGCGGAAGCUGCUGCCUUUGCGGCUGCCAACCCCAGAGUGAACCUCGGGCGGGAAGGGGAGAUCAAAGUCCAGGUCAAGAGCAUCAGCUCCAUUGGGAAGGUUCUGCAGAGCGAUUUCUGGGAGCUGCUGCGCUUGGUGAGCCGGGCGGGCAAAGGCAAAGUCGACUGCAGUGACUUGCUCAGCCCGACGGAGCUCGAGAACUUGCUCUCACAGGAAAUUUCGGCCAGGCUUCAGUGGGCCGCGGAGGCUUGUGCUUCUGGAAAAGAGUCGCUCGCGGACGGCCUCAGCACCUCCGAUGCGGUGAGAUAUGCUCUAUUCGUCGUAGCUGGACUGAGUUCCGCCGCUAAGAGCCCAAGUGGAGACGGCGACGAUGAGCCAUCUUCAGGUCCGGGGACAAUGGCUUCACUGGCGAUGGGCAUGGUUGGAGAGAACUUGGAAGCGUUGGUGAGUUGGUAUUGCCAGGAACUUCAGAUUCCGAGUGGUUGGAAUCUUCUGGACCUGUUGAAGCAAGGACUUGCAGGUGGUGGUGAAGGUCUCAGUGAUAUUGUCUUUUCAGCGGGCGACAUAGUGAUCAAGAAGGCCCUCCCAACCGAUCAUCCUCAGUUCCAAUGGCUGCAAGGUCUUUUCGAAAAGACUUUCCUGGGGAUUUAUACUCGAGACCGCAAGGGCGAGAGCGUUCCCAAGUCCUUGGAAGUCCAAGAAGUGGAGCAAGUCUACAACUGCGGAAGCUGGGGGGAAUAUGCUCGUCGUCGUCAGGCUGUGUUGCAAGACAUGGCAAAGGGUGGUACUUCCUGGGUUGGCGAGUUGAAGACAGACAAGAGCGCACUUGGCGAGCCACCUGACUGGCAGACAGGGGCGGAGCCAGGUCCCAACGAGCAUUGGCUUUUCCAUGGCACAUCUCUGGCCGGCGAGGCUGGAAUCACGGAAGGUGACUUCCGACUGAAUAUGGCAGGCAGCAAUGCCGGCACUUUGUAUGGAAAUGGUGUGUACCUGGCGGAGGCUGUGUCCAAAAGUGAUGAGUAUACCACGCCACAUCCCAAUGGUCUGCGCAGCAUGCUGAUUUGCCUAAGUGCCCUCGGGCAAGUGAAUUACAAUGAUCAGAAGCGGCCCGAUGGUGAUGAGCUUGCAGCAUCCUGCAAGGGCGGCGGCUUUCACAGCAUCCUCGGCGACCGGGAAAAGAUCCGGGGCACGUACCGCGAGAUUGUCGUCUUUGACGAAGAUCAAGUUUACCCAGCAUACGUCUGUCGGUACAAACGCGUGACUUGA